CGUCUUCGCGAAAGAACAUCCACUUGUGGCACGCCACCAUCUGCACUCUCCACGUCGGCAAUCAGGCGGAGCUCUCCCCCGGACCCGGAUCCAGGCCAUUCCCUGAGCGGCGUCAUCGCGUCUCGUGCUGGAGCAUCCAUCCGAGCAGCUGCACUUCAACAUGGCCGCCGUUGCCGUCACCGCCGCCGUCUCCACCGCGGCUUCAAUCUCGACCACCAUCGUGGCCGAGGCAGAGCUUUCCCCCUCCAUCUCCCAGCAAUCCUCCGGCUUUACCGACCCGCCGCCAGACAAUACCUUCGUCACGACAUGUCACAAGUGCGGGGAACAGGUCGUGGAGUCGGUCGUCGACAUGAUCAGUAAGCUGCAGAGCGGCCGCCUGCACAUCCACUGCCAGACUCUGCAUUGCAACACGAUUGUCUGCCACAGCAGCUCGCUGUUCUCGAACGCGGUGUACAGCAAUGCGCCAGCCGCGGAUACGCAGUUGCAGUUUUCGAUUUACUCGAGCGCCGACUCGCUGGGCGCGAACAUCCACAACCCACGGAACUCGCUAUCGGACUGCGAGCCACCAACGAAGCCGCCCGCAUUCAGCGCUGCGGAUAUCGAAACUCACGGGUUCGACAAGCUAAGCGACCGCCAUUCCUCGUCGUGGUCAUCGACGAUGUCCGACUACAGACUCCCCAUGCGCGCGACCUCCCCCGAGAUCUCAUCGAUGCUCUCGGGGCGGCGGAACACCACGGCCUCGAACCGGACGGACAGGGACAGGGACAGCAUCAUCUCUCUGACACCCUCCGAUCCCACGCGGCACCGGGGCUGGCGCAUAUCGCAAUCCUCGGCCCUCUCCGACUCGCCGCGGAACUCGGCAGACCACAACCUGCUAAAGCUAGCCACGAAGAACCGCAGCCGCGUCAGCCUGCAAUCGCUUUCCAAAGCGCAACCGAUCCAGUCGAUACAGGGAGGAGUGCGGAGCACGGGCGACGGCUCCACCACUACCAGCAGCAGCAGCAUUGCCGAUGCCCUCGCGGACACAAACGCCGUGUCGAUUCCCGCCGCCGCAGGCUUCGCGUUCGUCCACCAUCGCCCCAGACCACUGUCGCAGCCGCUUGCGGUCCCGCAUUCGGGAAAUACCCGCAUGCCCACGCCUGUCCCCGAGGAGGGCGGAACACCGUUUGCUCUCGCGGCAGCGGCAGAGGUGCUGCCGUCUGCGGAUGUGGAUGAACGGGCCGUGAGUCUUCGCGCCGCACCGGGCUCCGCGCCACGGAGGCAGGAGAGGCCUACGAGGCAGGAACAGCAUCAGCAACAGCCCCGCAGAAGCCAAAGAGGGAUCAGGGGCUUCGGAUGCUUCGUUAAGCGCGGGCUGAAGAAGCUGCCGUCUAGGCUGCAGAAGGGAGUGGUGGGAUUGAUACGGGUACAGCUGGUGCUGCGCAGUUGGGAGGGGAGACAGAAUGAUAGGAAGGACAGGGGGAAGGGGGUGGGGAAGGGGAAGGAGCCCGAAGUGGUCCUGCCCGAGCCAGAGCCGGAGGCGAGUCACGAGAGGAGCCGUUCGAGGAAUUCGCAGGAACAGGAACAGGAAACGACAGUCGCGCCGACACACGCAGUAAGCGCACCCAUCACGAUCCCCGAUGCGUCCUCGUCGCUGCUUUCUUCUGCUUCACCAUCCGCAUCCCUCUCGCCAGCCCCCUCACCCCCCUCACCCCCCUCGUCCGAGUCCUCCCCACCCCUCCCACCCCUCCCCUCCCCCUCGCUUCCAUCCCCACGCCUCCUCAGCCCUGGUCCCGGUCCAGUAGAGGAAGCUUUCCACGACGCCGACCUCGGCCAGGAGCUGGAUCGGCAGCAGUUCGAUGUCAGCUCUACGCAGCAGAUCUCGGAUACUGUGCGUAACGCAAUGAGUGAGGCGUGGGCGCAGCCGGAGGCGCCGGUUAUUAUCGCUAUGCGCGUGCCUGUGCUGAUGGGGAUGGGGGUGCCGAGGGGGUGGUGGGGGGAGGGGGUGUAACGGGCCUUUGAAGACGGAUAUGACGGUUGUACGAUAUAAUGUUGAGGUACCGAUGGGCGGUCUACACGAUAACGAUAUCUAUGGAA